CGUGCCGUCCUUGGACAGCUCUCCUGCUAUCUCUCUCAGAAUGACCUUCUUGAUCCAAAUCAGUCAGGUUUCAAGACUAGUCAUUCAACUGAGACUGCUCUUCUCUGUGUCACGGAGGCGCUCCGCACUGCUAAAGCUAACUCUCUUUCCUCUGCUCUCAUCCUUCUAGACCUAUCGGCUGCCUUUGAUACUGUGAACCAUCAGAUCCUCCUCUCCACCCUCUCCGAGCUAGGCAUCUCCGGCGCGGCCCACGCUUGGAUUGCGUCCUACCUGACAGGUCGCUCCUACCAGGUGGCGUGGCGAGAAUCUGUCUCCGCACCACGUGCUCUCACCACUGGUGUCCCCCAGGGCUCUGUUCUAGGCCCUCUCCUAUUCUCGCUAUACACCAAGUCACUUGGCUCUGUCAUAUCCUCACAUGGUCUCUCCUAUCAUUGCUAUGCAGACGACACACAAUUAAUCUUCUCCUUUCCCCCCUCUGAUAACCAGGUGGUGAAUCGCAUCUCUGCAUGUCUGGCAGACAUAUCAGUGUGGAUGACGGAUCACCACCUCAAGUUGAACCUCGGCAAGACGGAGCUGCUCUUCCUCCCGGGGAAGGACUGCCCGUUCCAUGAUCUCGCCAUCACGGUUGACAACUCCAUUGUGUCCUCCUCCCAGAGUGCUAAGAACCUUGGCGUGAUCCUGGACAACACCCUGUCGUUCUCAACUAACAUCAAGGCGGUGACCCGUUCCUGUAGGUUCAUGCUCUACAACAUUCGCAGAGUACGACCCUGCCUCACGCAGGAAGCGGCGCAGGUCCUAAUCCAGGCACUUGUCAUCUCCCGUCUGGAUUACUGCAACUCGCUGUUGGCUGGGCUCCCUGCCUGUGCCAUUAAACCCCUACAACUCAUCCAGAACGCCGCAGCCCGUCUGGUGUUCAACUUUCCCAAGUUCUCUCACGUCACCCCGCUCCUCCACUCUCUCCACUGGCUUCCAGUUGAAGCUCGCAUCCGCUACAAGACCAUGGUGCUUGCCUACGGAGCUGUGAGGGGAACGGCACCUCCGUACCUUCAGGCUCUGAUCAGGCCCUACACCCAAACAAGGGCACUGCGUUCAUCCACCUCUGGCCUGCUCGCCUCCCUACCUCUGAGGAAGUACAGUUCCCGCUCAGCCCAGUCAAAACUGUUCGCUGCUCUGGCACCCCAAUGGUGGAACAAACUCCCUCACAACGCCAGGUCAGCGGAGUCAAUCACCACCUUCCGGAGACACCUGAAACCCCACCUCUUUAAGGAAUACCUAGGAUAGGAUAAAGUAAUUCUUCUAACCUCUCCCCCCUUAAAAGAGUUAGAUGCACUAUUGUAAAGUGGUUGUUCCACUGGAUAUCAUAAGGUGAAUGCACCAAUUUGUAAGUCGCUCUGGAUAAGAGCGUCUGCUAAAUGACGUAAAUGUAAAAUGUACUGGGUCCCAGGAUUAAGCACCGCACUGCACGGAGCCAUGCACUGAGUGUGGAGCAAAUGGUUUGUGUGGCCUUGCGCUUUUUUGCUAGUGGAGCCUUCCUGUACUCAGUGGGGGAUGCUGAACAAGGCCACAAUUUGCCGCACAAUAAGGAGUGUGUGUCUGGCUAUCAAAGCAUUAGCAGAUGUCUUCAUCUCCUUCCCUGGCCACAGAAGACUCUGUGACAUCAAAGAGGAGUUCUAUAGGAUUGCAGAUGGUCUGCAAUGCUGACUGUGUGAUCAGCAAUGUUGUGGCAAAAUGGCCUGGCUCAGUCCAUGACUCCAGAAUCUUUCGGGCCUCUGAAAUCUAUCAGUGCCUAUCACAAGGUGAAUUCUCUGGUGUGUUGCUGGGAGACGGGGGGUAUGGCUGCCAGCCUUUUCUCCUGACACCUUUCACAGACCCCCAGGAAGCACAGCAGGCCUACAACCAUGCCCAUGCCAGAACCAGGGCCAGAGUUGAAAUGACCUUUGGCCUCCUGAAGGCACGCUUUCACUGCCUUCACAAAUUAAGGGUCAGCCCUGUUAGGGCAUGUGAUAUUACUGUGGCUUGUGCUGUCCUCCACAAUGUGGCCUGCCUGAGGAAGGAGAGGGCCCCCAGAGUGCCACCAGCCAUGGACUGGGACAAUCCGGCAAUCUUCCCUGAUGACGACAGUGGUCGGCUGCUGAGGGACAAAUAUGUGUUGAAUUAUUUUAGUUAGUAUGUGUGCUUUCAAUUUUGGUUAAAUAUGUCCUGCGGUGGCAGAGGAAUUUGGUUUUUUUUGGGUUCGUUUUUUUACGAAUUUGGCCUCUUAUGAUGUUUGUGCGGUAUACUGUGUGUAAUACAAGGCUGCAGGGAGGCUACUGCAUCCAUUCAUUUGUCUGUUCAGUUGAUGUUUAUGGAUUUGUCCUGCAUUUAUUUUAGUGUGCAGACAUGCAGGGUGUGUUAUAUACAGACCUUUGAAUGUGUAUGUAUCAUUUUGUAUAAUAUGCUUGGAUUCUGUGCUUUCCAUCUUGUAGAGUCACUGUGACUUCAGUUUCGAAAGGAGCUGAUGGUUUACCUGCUUUGUUUUGUCCUUAUUCAAUAAAGGAACAUAAUGUUA